UUCAGCAAUAGUAAUACAAAGUGUAUUAUCUAUUAAAUUUUUUUAAUACGACUUCCAAUCCGAUCCAAUAUAGACUAUAUCUGAUCUACAAUACAAAGUGGUCAAUAUAUUGAAAUAUUAUUAAUAUCUACUCACCAUAUAAGAGAUCGACUAUAAAUUAUAUAAAGUUAUUACUUAAAACAGUGAUACAAUUGAAAUCAACCUUUUCAAUAUGAAUCCUCUAUUUUUGAGUCCAGAGCAUAUCCUUCAGGGAGGUUACUUUAACGCAACCCUUCGGAAGCUACAAGAACCGAAUACAAGUAUAGAGCCACACAAUAUAAUGUAUCCGGUUUUCUUACUGGAAAACAAUGAAGCAAUGCAAGCUGUGUCGAGUAUGCCUAAUGUAUUCAGAUAUGGAAUCAACAAACUAAUGCCAGCACUUACUGAGUUAGUUAACAAUGGAUUGACAUCUAUUCUGAUUUUUGGAAUCGUUGAAACAUUGCCGAAGGAUGCUACCGGAUCAAGUGCAGACUCAGUGAAUAACCCAGUAGUAAAGGCUCUGCCUAAGAUCAAAUCUGCAUUCCCCAACUUGACGAUAGCAUGCGAUGUAUGUCUCUGUCCAUACACAUCACACGGCCACUGUGGUGUGCUAACAGAGGCAGGUGCUAUUGAUCAUGCUGCUUCGGUAAAGAGGAUUGCAGAAGUGGCAUUGGCAUAUGCUAAAGCUGGAGCUGACAUUGUCGCUCCAUCGGAUAUGAUGGACAACAGGAUAAAGGCAAUCAAAGAUGCAUUAAUAGCGAACAGGCUGCAAAAUCAAGUAUCAGUGUUGUCAUACUCGUGCAAGUUCGCGUCGUCGAUGUACGGUCCGUUCCGUGACACGAUGAAGAGCAGCCCUAUGGCCGGCGACCGCAAGUGUUACCAGCUGCCUCCCGGCAGCGCUGGACUGGCGGCCAGGGCUGCGGCCCGUGACGUAGCGGAAGGCGCCGACUUCCUCAUGGUGAAACCAGGACUGCCGUACUUGGACAUCGUCAGGCAAACGAAGGACAAAUAUCCGAAUCAUCCUCUAUUUAUUUACCAGGUAUCUGGCGAGUACGCAAUGAUAUCUCGUAGUGGAGACAGCAGCGAGAUGGAAACCAUCCUUAUGGAGACGCUCACGUGCAUGCGAAGAGCUGGUGCCGAUUGCAUCAUCACCUACUUCGCUCCGCUCAUCUUGAACCUUAUAUCGAAGAAGCAAUAAAAUAUCAACGUCACCGAAUUAAGUAUAAGUGGGUGGACUGUAGUAUAAAUUAUAUGGUGCCUAUGUAUUUAGUAAAUUAUAUAAUAUAUUGUUACGAUUUGGUGUUUAAUAAGUACAUAUACUGUUGUAAAUUUGAUUAAGGUUUUAAUAAAAAUAAAGUCGUAUGUUA